UUGCCAGUAAACAAAAGAAAAGAGGAGGAGUCGAAACAAAAUGAAUGUUUUUCUUAUUUUAUCAUCAUGGAAGAAAAAUAGAACACGACCCGAAAUUCAAAACCUUAAAAAAAAAAAAAAAAACACCAAUAUUAAAAGGGCAAUUAGUUCCACUCUUGUCUCUCUACCUCAGGUUCAGUCAGGGUGGUGGUAACCCUGCUCCAUGCCUCUGUCUUUGUGUGUGACUGCGUGAGGAAAGAAAGCAUUUUUAAUUUUUUUUUUUUUAUACAUUUUGAUUCAACAUGGCUACAGAAGGUGAAGAACAAGUAUCCAUCUUCAAACCAUUGAUUGAUGAUAUCCAUCAUCAUCAUGAACAAGAUGUGGGGAUUCUUCAACAAGGGUUGUUACGUGAUGAGGACGAUGACAGAGGGAUUGGGAGUGGUUUUAAGAGGAAAGAAAUCGUGGAGGAAGUCAAGAAGCAGAUAUGGUUAGCUGGGCCACUCGUUUGUGUCAGCCUUUUACAGUUCUGUUUGCAGUUGAUUUCUGUGAUGUUCGUUGGCCAUCUUGGCAAAUUGGCUCUCUCUGCUGCUUCCAUGGCCACGUCUUUUGCGUCUGUUACUGGUUUUAGCUUACUGAUGGGGAUGUCUAGUGCUUUGGACACAUUAUGUGGUCAGUCUUACGGAGCAAAGCAAUACCAUAUGCUUGGCGUACACAUGCAAAGAGCUAUGAUUGUGCUCUUCCUUGUAUGCAUCCCUCUUGCAGGCAUUUGGGCUAACACUGGUCACAUUCUUAAGUUUUUAGGACAAGAUCCUCAAAUAUCAGAACAAGCUGGUGUUUAUGCUAAGUACAUCAUUCCUAGCCUUUUUGGAUAUGGCCUACUUCAGUGUCAUGUGAGGUUUUUACAGACUCAGAACAAUGUCUUUCCCAUGAUGUUAACAUCCGGAAUCACUACCUUAUUGCAUAUCCUGGUAUGCUGGUUUCUAGUUUUCAAGUCUGGCCUUGGAUUCAGGGGAGCAGCCCUCGCGAAUGGCAUCUCGUAUUGGGUCAAUCUUUCUCUGCUAGCACUAUACGUAAGGAUUGCUCCUUCAUGUAAAAAGACUUGGACUGGAUUUUCAAAAGAAGCACUGCAUGAUAUUCCCAAUUUUCUUAAGCUUGCCAUCCCUUCAGCUAUCAUGAUUUGUUUGGAGAACUGGUCAUUUGAGAUGAUGGUUCUGCUUGCGGGUCUUCUGCCAAAUCCGCAAUUGGAAACCUCCGUGCUCUCUAUCUGCCUCAAUACAGCUGCAACUGUUUGGAUGAUUCCCUAUGGACUAAGUAAUGCCAUAAGCACGCGAGUGUCAAAUGAGCUAGGAGCCGGUCAUCCAAAGACAGCACGUCUGGCAGUGUAUGUUGUAUUGCUAACAGCAUUAACUGAGGGCAUCCUUGUUGGAUUAGUCCUCAUAUUGAUACGUAAUGUUUGGGGAUAUGCAUAUAGCAACGACGUGGAAGUGGUAAAAUAUGUAGCUCUCAUGCUGCCUAUACUAGCAACAUCAAACUUGGUGGAUGGAAUUCAGUGUGUUCUUUCUGGUACUGUCAGAGGAUGUGGCUGGCAAAAGAUCGGCGCAUACAUCAACCUUGGAUCAUAUUACAUUGUGGGCAUUCCUGUUGCCAUCUUGUUAGCUUUUGUUCUACAUAUUGGAGGAAUGGGCCUUUGGUUGGGAAUAAUUCUUGCACUGAUUGUACAAGUUGUGUCAUUGUUCACCAUAACUGUGCGCACAAACUGGGAACAGGAAGCAAAGAUUGCUAGAGAAAGAGUUUAUAAUUCUUUGAUCCCUGUGGAUAUUGUGUCAUAAAAGCUUUACAAGCCCAAAAUUUUGAUGUAAAGGAUUUCAAAUAUCCAACACAACCCAGCGCCAGUGGACACAGAGAUGAAGAUUUUGAAACCGCAGGAUGCAGAAUGAUCAACAAUCUGGAGCGAGUUUCCAUUAUGCUGCAAAUUUUUCAUUUUGAUCACAUCACAGAAAUCUUAUGUGCUGUGAAAUGAACCACCUUAUCAGUAAGGUGUUGCUGAAGUUCUUGAUUCUGCAGCUUUGCCAUCAUUGGUACCUCAUUUUUUAACUGUAUAAUUGCAAGCAGCACAACAGUUUUGUAGUAGAGACUUUUACUCAACAAACUCAUAUUACAAAGACAGCUACAGCUACAGCUUUCUACUCAUUCAUGUGUAAAGUGUAAACUCUACACAUUUGUAUGGGAAUUUGUUCAAGAAAACUGUAUGGUUUUGCCGUUUCAUAUGAAAGACACCCAUGUAUCCAUAGCUUCUUUGAAUUUUAUCUAUAUACACAUUUAGAAGAUACCAUG